AUGGCUCCCCCGAAGAGUGCGGCUUGGAAACACUUUACAAAACUUUCCAAGACCGAAGCAAAGUGUACAAUCUGUGGGGGGGUUGUGAAAACUUCAGGGAACACUUCCAACUUGUGGCUUCACCUGGAAGGUCACGGAAUCAAGAAAAGUAAGAACGCUUCGUCUACAAACAGUGAAGACCUCAUUGACUUGGACGAUCCUGUGGUGGCUCUAGAUGAUGAUAAUUCAAACGACGGUAGUGUGGCAUCAACAUCAUCGGGUACUCGCCCCUUGCCGUCACCAACUCUCCUUGGCAAGCGGAAAAGAAGCUUUGAUAGUGCCUCAUCCAUGACAUCUCCGCCAAAGCAGGCAACGCUCGACGAAACGCUACAGCGCGCUGGAUCUUUCAAAGCGGGAGGCCAGAGAGCCAAGGAGCUCGACCAGGCUUUCUUGUACAUGUGUAUGAAAGACAAUAUGCCACUUAGCUCUGGUGACAAAGUCGGUAUGCAAGUCUUCACAAAGCAAGCCGCUCCCCUGUGGAAACCCCCAAGCAGAGGCAGGCUGACCACUAUGAUGGAGGUGAAUUUCUUGGGCGUCACUGCUCACUUCCCCAUUGGCACCGAAAUGGAAACAGUUGUGCUAGGGUUACGACUCCUGACCGAGAGUCACACAGCUGAAUACUUGGCUACCCAGUUUGACGAAAUUCUGGCCGAAUGGAAGAUCGAGAAGAAAAAAGUGUCUGCCGUGGUGACAGACAACGCCGAAAAUAUGAAGGCAACAGUCCGAUUAGCGUUUGGACCUGACAAACAAUUAGGGUGCUUUGCUCACACAAUUAACUUGAUACCGAAGGCAGGGCUGGGCUGCAAGAGGGUCAACAACAAAAAUGUACCAAAUGUGCCCGGUCUCCCUGAAUUAGUGGCAAGUGUGAAGAACAUCGUUUCGUAUUCUCAUCGAAGCUACAAUUUCUCCAAUGAGCUUAAGAGACUGCAGGCAGAGAGGGGGAUUAGUGAGGGCAAGCAGCUGCGCCUCCUCCAGGACUGCCCUACGCGAUGGGGGUCUACAUAUCUGAUGUUGGACCGCUUUUUGGACAUGGCCGAAAUUGUGACACUUGCUGCUCUGAAAUUCCCCACAGAAGUAGUUAUGCUCUCUGCUACGCAACUAGCCACUCUGCGUCUCGUAAGGGACCUGCUCCGGCCCUUCCAUGAGGUAACAAAGGAGAUGUCGGCGGAGAAAAGCACGACGGCCAGCAAGGUCAUACCCAUGGUGACAGUUCUUCGCAAGAGCAUUGAUAACAUAAGUGCACCCCUCAAUGACGAUAUCGCCAAAAACUUUCGGAAGUUCAUAGUGGAUGAAUUCGAUCGAAGAUUCGAUCAGACAGAAAGUUGCAUGCCAUUGGCCAUAGCCACACUAGUGGACCCACGCUUCAUGACUACCUAUUUUAGAAACCCUCUGGCCGUAUCUAGAGCAAGAACCUACGUGGAGGACAUGGUAAAGAAAUACAUCCGUGAGGAAGUCACUCGCGCUGAGGAGAAUCAAGCUGCUUCUACAGCUACUGAACCAGCUGAAACUAACCAGCAGCAGAAAGAAAGCGGCGGACUUCUGUGGGGAGAGCACGACGCCAUGGUGGCCGCGGCCUAUGUGGCUAACAGUUCCGACGACCCGGCGGGGAAGGCCAGAACAGAGGUGCGCGCGUUCCUCGGUCGCCCUCCCGCACCGCGGGUGAGCAAUCCACUCGAGGUGUGGGAGUCAAUUCGCCACGAGUAUCCUCACCUGUAUCGAGUGGCAAGGCUGUUCCUCCCCAUGCUCGGCACUUCUGUGCCGUGUGAGAGGUCAUUUUCUGAUGCAGGGAGGAUAAUGACGGAUGACGGCAACCGUCUAAGUGCAGAGCAUCUCAAGCAUCGAGUUUUCCUAUACAAACUUAGUGAUAACAUUUGGUAUCACAAUCCCGACAAAAAGUAA